AUGGCAACAGAUAUAGAUGCAUUUUUCAGUGAUACCACGGUCAGGGCUAAUCUCAAAGAAAUAUUUGCUUCUGCUUUCUGUUUCCAACAGUGGGAUGAAAUAUGUUUGUGGUUCAACUUACUCGCGAAAAUUUUGAACACUCAAACGAAAACACCUGAUUUGCAUCAAUCUUUGGAGGACCUAAUUUGUUUAUGUUGCAAAAAUGUAAAUUAUAAGAACGAAUAUACUUACGAGUCGAUGCCCUACGCAGAUAUCAUCAAUUCGGAAACGGCGCCCUUAUAUAAGUGUAGCCCUUUCUUCAUAUUUUUUAAAGAAUUAUUUGAGGAUCAAAAUUAUACUUAUGAUGGGUUUUCUCAGAGAAAUGAAUACUUCAAUAGAGAUUUUUUUACUUUAUUCCUCAAAAAAUACAUCGCAUAUUUGCCCAUGUGGUGUGGAAUUUUGACUUGUGAACGACUAAGUAAUGCACCUGUAGAAAGAUGGUUUGGCAUUGCAAAAAAUUCUAUCGCUAGAGGAUUGAUGCACCAAAAAUGUAGCCGAAUAAUUGGAAAAAUUCGAGAACAUGUAAUUUUCAUUCAUAAAGAACAGAAAUAUAAAAUUCCAAAAGAAAAAUGUGCAUCCAAGUCUAGAAUAUAUUUGGAACGUGAAGGGUUGUUGGCAAAGGAAACUUGGAGAAAAAAAGUAAAAGCCCCACACGUCACAAAUUUUGAACGUUUAAGAUUGAAAAAGCUUCUUGAUUCUAGUGACAAUAAAUUAGAUGUUGACGAAUGCAUUUACUGCAAGGAAGGUGCUUUGGAUGUCACAGCUGAAUGGGUUGAAUGCGACAAAUGCUGUGGAUGGGUGCACAUUAGGUGCAUAAGUGGUUAUGAAAAUAUGACAUUUUCUGGUGAUUUCGUUUGCGAACCUUGCCUUCUCUAUCAUCGAAGUACUGAUAAUAGAAAUUCUGAGCCUGUAAAAGACGCACAAAAUAAGCUAUCAGUUCUCCAUGAUUAUUUAGACAAAAUAAUUCUAGAUGAAGAAUGCAUAAAAAAAAUUGAACUUGAUACAAGAGGGCAGAGUACAUCAGUUUUAUGGAAGAACGAACGGAGAAAAAGAGUCACCGCAUCCCACUUUGGCGAAAUCUGUAAGGCAAGAUCAACAGAAACUAAAAUUAGAGUUGCCAAAAAAAUAAUGUUUCCGGAACCAAAUUUUAAUAAAUACACUAGGCAUGGAAAAGAUUUUGAGAAGCAAGCUAUAGUGGAAUACGAAGAAUUGACGAAAAAGAUUUGUCGACAAACAGGUUUGAUCAUACACGAGAAACAUCAGUUUAUAGGUGGAUCUCCUGAUGGCCUGGUAAAUGAAGAUGGGAUUGUUGAGGUGAAAUGUCCGUUUUCCGUGAAGAACUUCGAUGUUUUAGAAGCAUGUCGUUUGGGCAAAAUUCCAUAUUGCGAUAAAAGUGGUUGUCUAAAAGUUGUCUCUGAUCACUAUUAUCAGAUUCAAGGCCUCCUUCAAGUAACAAAUCGAAACUGGUGCGAUUUUGUUAUAUACACCUUCAAAGGAAUCAAAGUGGAGAGAAUUCAUAGAAAUGAUAGAUUCUGGGAGGAAACUAUUUUACCAAAAUUGAAAGAAUUUUAUAUGUUCUUGAUGCUGCCAUAUGAAUCUGGUUUUUGUGAUGAAAAUUCAAUUGAUUUCAUUAAAUGGAAAACUAGUAAAGACAUUUUCUUCUUGGAUAAUGGCUUGGUAGAGGAUCCCAGAUUUUAUAAAAAAUUAGACGUUUCUUAUACAAUUUGCAGUUUUCCAGAAAUGCCGUGCGAUGUGAGAGAAAUAACUUCCUCAGAUUUCGAAAUAUUGAGAGAAACAACUGGGGAAAAUAUUCACAAUAUUUUGGAUAAUAUUGCUGGAAUACUUGAAGUUCCAAUCACUAAAUCGGAUGUAACAGAGAUUCAUAGAGUCCAGUUGAACUCAGAAGCAGCUAAAAAAUUCCCUAAGCCUGUCAUAGUCAAACUGAACUCGACGGUUAUGCAGGCAGCUCGAACGCACAGAAGAAAUCUUACACUGAAGAAUUUGAAUUUCAGAUCGGAAGAUCCUGUAUAUAUUAAUGAGCAUUUGUCCCCAUUCUUCGAAACACUCCUCAAGAAAUCUUGUAUAUUCUGCAAGGACAAUGGUUUCAAAUUUUGCUGGGUCGCCACGCUGCCACGGCACGGCCAAGUGAAACAUCUAAACACGCAAAUCUGUCUGUCUAUCGACUAUCGACCGACUGAUGAACAAGAGUUUUCAGCGGCAUUUUCGGACCACGAGUCGCGCACGCCGCAUUUUCAUUGGUCGCAUUGCGUGGUCUGA